CCAAUGUACCACCACCGGAGAAAGUCUGGCCACAACUCUGCCAACACCUCUUAUACAGAUGUGAGGAAGGCCGUCACCGUCACCGACCCAUCCUCCAGGCACAAGGCCUCGCGACCAGCAAUGACCCGCAGGGGAACCUCACAGUUUGGAUCCAAGCUAGGCAAGAACCCACGAGAGAGGGAACGUGAGAUGGAGGACGAGUACUGGCUGUCGGACGAGAGGGAGAGCUUUCCCCUGUUCUGUAUGACAUGCGAAAAGCAAUUCGUGCCUCAAGACGAGAAGGCGAUAUACUGCUCCGAGGCCUCAACACCGAGAACCCUCACUUUGCGCACACGAACAAGUCCCAACUACCCAUUCUAUGCAGCGGGCGACCCAGAGCCCAGGGACAUCAUCCCGCGGGCCUCGCCAUCACGGCCCCACUCCAUGCUCAUCUCACCUCCGACCUCACCUCAAUCUACUAGCCACCACCACACCUCAGCAGUCUCGGCACUGCGGUCGCUGAGCGCUGGAGAACCAAGCCCGCCCACGCCCUCUGGCGGUUCCUAUCCCACAACGAUGUGGCCUUUCUCAUCACGCAACACGACCAGCCCUAGUACAUCGUACGGAAGCCGCCCUUCGUCGACGGUGUAUUCGUCAACGUAUGACAACUACGGCUACACCAUGGCCGCACAGGGCUCUGACCGACCACUCCCAUCACGGCGCCCGGCAGCCUACUCGCGGCCCAAGUCGAUCGAACUUGUCACGCCUAUACAGCCUGUGACGGGGAUGAACAGCCGAUGA